AUGGAGCUUCAAAUCACAAACCCAGCAACUCCACUCAGCGUCCUCCUGCAUUUUAUCUGCAUCCUACCAGCUCUGUCUGCCGCCGGCACAACCGACUCCUUCUCGGCCACCGGCCGCGCCGUGGAGAGUAACAACAGAGGUGGAAUACUUCAGAAAGAAGAUACCGCUUCGGAAGGAAAUCAGGAAUUAGGGACGUCAGACCUAAAAUUCCAACCAACUUUAAUUUCUCAGCUGGAAAGGAGGAUACAAAAAGCCAAGUGCGAAAGCUUUCCUUGUUUCAACGGAGGUGAAUGUGUCCAAAGGAGACUUUGUGACUGCAGUCGGUAUAAUGCAUCUGGAUCACAAUGUCAGAUAGUAUACAACACCGGCGCUGAGAGAGACAGUAUAUGUCGGACGUGGGCACAAUAUCAUUUUGAAACGUUUGAUGGAGUUUAUUUUUUUUACCCCGGAAGGUUCACUUAUGACUUGUUACGGCAAAAUGACCCAGACGAGCAAAGCUUUUCAAUACAGGUGCACAAUGACCCCGCUUGCCACUCCUUCCCUUAUUCAUGUAGACGCUCGGUCAGUUUAUAUUUUGUUGGAGAUGGAGAGAUAAAGCUCCAAAAUCAAAAGGUUCUGCACAACAAUGUCAGGAUACAAUUGCCUUAUACAGUCGGGAGUUUGCAAAUACAGAAAAUCUCCGGAUAUGUGAUCAUUAGACUACAGUAUGUGUUUAACCUGGCAUGGGACGGAAAUUCUUCCGUUUAUAUUAAAAUGAGCCCAGACUACGUUGGAAAAACCCAAGGACUCUGCGGCAACAACAACGGGAUCCUACAGGAUGAUCUUGUGACCAGUUAUGGAAAGCCAACAGAAAAUAUUGAAGAGUUUGUAAAUAGCUGGAGAGAGAGUAUUCCCCAUGAAGAGUCACCAGAGAAGGUCAUCUCAUCCUACGAGCCGCCAUGUUUGAAGCAGAGCCAACAUGUAAAAUCGACGGCCUAUUCUUUGUGUAGUUUGCUGUUCAAUUCACCAUUUCAAAGCUGCCACGAGUCCGUGAGUCCCCUGCCUUUCGCGGCCAGCUGUGCGAGUGAUUUGUGCAUGGCCGAGGCGGAUGUGGCGACCUGGUGUAGAGCUGUGACGGAAUAUGCCAGAGCGUGCGCCCACGCCGGGCACCCCCUGCUGGACUGGAGGGCAAUACAUAAGCAGUGUGAAGUCGCGUGCGGAAGCGAUUUGGUUUACAGCGAGUGCAUUAACUGCUGUCCCAGCAACUGUCAGCAGACCAAGCCGUGCAUCGACAGCCAAAUGGCCUGUGUGGAUGGAUGCUACUGUCCAGAAGGUUUAAUUUUUGAAAAUGAUGCGUGCGUCGAACCUCAGGAGUGUCCCUGCGAGUUUCACGGAGCCGCGUAUCAGGCCGGGUCUGUCGUACAGGAUCAGUGCAACAACUGCACAUGCACUGGAGGAAAAUGGAAUUGCACUGAGAUCGUCUGCCCAGCUGAAUGUUCCGUCACAGGAGAUCUUCACAUCAGAACAUUUGACGGACGCAAAUACUCCUUCCAAGCUCCGUGCCAAUAUAUUUUAGCUAAAAGUAUUUCAUCGGGAGUAUUUACCGUUACCCUCCAGAACAGCCUCUGUGGACCGAACCAAGAUGGAUCCUGCAUUCUGUCGAUAAACCUCAUUCUUAACCAGGACCCGAGGAGGCAGGUGACUUUGACUCAUUCCGGAGACGUCUUAAAGCUUGACCAAUAUAAAAUCAAUCUUCCGUACACAGAUGAUAAUUUUGAGAUCAGGAAGCUGUCGUCCGUCUUUGUCCAAGUGAAGACGCGCGUCGGGUUAGAGCUUCUAUAUGACAGGAAUGGUCUAAGACUCUAUCUCCAGCUGGAUGGAAGGUGGAAAGAUGACACCAUUGGGUUGUGUGGGACCUUCAACGGAAAUAUGGAGGAUGAUUUUCUAUCUCCCGUUGGGAUACCUGAAAGUACCCCGCAGCUCUUUGGCAAUGCUUGGAAGGUGUCCUCGGCCUGCGCGUCCGACUAUUUCACUUCCCCGCUGGAUCCUUGCGACGUUCAUUUGCAGGCUGCCUCUUACGCCUCCGAAAGCUGCAGCAUCCUGACCAAGGACUUGUUUGCCUCCUGCCACCCGUACCUGAGCCCCGUGCCGUAUUAUGAUCAGUGCCGCAAGGACACCUGUAAAUGCGGCCAGGCCUGCCUAUGCUCGGCGUUGGCACACUACGCCCAUCAGUGCCGCCGCUUCGGGGUCACCAUCAACUUCAGGCCCCUCGUCUCAGACUGCGAGAUUGUAUGCGAGGAGACAAUGAAGUACGGCACUUGCGUCUCCACGUGCGGCCAGACCUGCCACUCUCUGUCCGUGCCGGAGUCCUGCGCCGAGGACUGCGUGGAAGGCUGCGCCUGCCCCAAGGGAAAAUAUUUAGACGCCACCUCGGGAAGAUGUGUCCAAAGACACGAGUGCCCCUGCUAUUACCAAGGAAUAGAUUAUCAUCCUGGGGAAAAUGUAAUGACCUCCUUCGGCACGUGUCAUUGUAAAGAUGGAGCAAUGAGCUGUGACAGCUCUUCUGAUGUACAUCAUUGCCCUGCUGGACAGAUCUAUUAUAAUUGCAGCAAUCCAGAAGAAGACUUAGAACCGAGUCAGGAGAGGACCUGCGAGAACCAACUACUAAACAUGACAACAUCGGCCCACAUGCCCUGCAUUUCCGGCUGCGUCUGCCCCAGAGGGCUUGUCAAGCAUGGAGAUGAAUGUUUUAAUCCAGAUGCCUGUCCUUGCUCGUGGAAAGCCAAAGAGUACUAUCCAGGCGACACCGUGAAUUCUUCAUGUUAUAGCUGCGUUUGCCAACGCGGGUCGUUCCAGUGCACUUUCCAUCCGUGUCCGUCCAUGUGCACGACCUACGGAGAUCGACACUACAGGACCUUUGACGGGUUGGCUUACGAUUUUGUGGGAACCUGUAAAAUCCAUCUAGUCAAGGGACUGUUACCAACCAGUUUUUCCAUCACAGCAGAAAACGUGAAUUGUUACGGUGGAAUAAUCUGCCGGAAGAAGAUAUCGAUCCGAGUGGGACAGUCUUUAAUUAUAUUUGAUGAUGAAACAGGGAAUCCGAGUCCUUCCAGCAUCGUAGAUAAAAGGCAGUCGCUGCACGUAUGGCAGGCCGGCAUCUUUACGUUCGUCCACUUUCCGUCGGAGUUUAUCACAUUGUUGUGGGACCAGAGAACUACAAUCCACGUACAAGUGGGACCCCAGUGGCAGGGUGAAUUAAGUGGACUUUGUGGAAAUUUUGACCUGAAGACCGUAAAUGAAAUGAGGACUCCGGAUAAUUUCGAUUUAACAAACGUUCAGGAAUUUGGGAACAGCUGGACAGCCGUGGAGUGUGCCGACAGCUCAGAUAUUAGGAACCCCUGCCUUACCAACCCAUUCAGGGAGCCUUUUGCCAAGAAAGAGUGCGGAAUUCUACUUAGUGAUGUGUUUGAAGACUGCCAUCCAGUGGUGGACGUCACCUGGUUCUACGCAAACUGCCUGUCGGACACGUGUGGUUGCAAUCGAGGUGGAGACUGUGAAUGUUUUUGCACCAGUGUGUCAGCUUAUGCACAUCAAUGCUGUCAGCAUGGAAUCACCGUAGACUGGAGGUCUCCGAGGGUCUGCCCAUAUGACUGUGAAUACUUUAACAAAGUUUUAGGGAAGGGGCCGUACAAGCUGGUCAGCUACUUGGACAAGAGUUUAGUGUUGGCAGCCAGGAUUCCCGACGGCAAUGUUUUCCCAAUGAGGAGAGACUACCUAAUCCCGGAAGAAACCGCCAGCUUCAUGCUAACGCCGGGCCUGUACAAACCCAAAGCACAUGACAGAAAUCUGGUCUCCAUUGAGCUGGCCGACCGUCCCAACUUCUUCCUGCAUUUAGCCAGAAAUGGUACUUUUUUAAUAUCUAAGUGGCAAAAAGAGGAAGAUUUCCAGAAUCGCUCGACAUUCAUCAUGCACAGAAACGCGUGGAUUUCCGGCUAUAACUCCUUCGAAUGCUUCGCUAAACCGGGAUACUUUCUGCGCAUUUCCGCUUCAUAUAUCUUUCUGACGAAAUACCAUCAUUCUGCCGCGUUCCGGCUUUCCACGCUCUUCAGAUUAACAGAUUCCAAGCUGAAAUCUCCUCGUUCCACUUGCGAGUGGAAAUACGACGCAUGUUCCACUGCCUGUUUCAGGACAUGCAGAGACCCUGAGGGCCAAUACUGUAAAGAUGUCCCAAAAGUGGAAGGUUGUUUCCCGUCAUGUCCGCCCCACAUGGUUCUGGAUGAAGUUACGAGGAAAUGCGUCUACCUAGAAGACUGUGUUGAACCUGCGUUUUAUAUAUCAGCUUCACUAUCUACCCCAGCUCCUACGGGCCACCAUACAGUGUCUACAACAUUUAAUAUGACCUCAUACUCCAGCUUGUCUUCUACAUCAGUAUCCACAAGUAAGCCAGAGAUCACCAUACCUAAGGUGUCCAAAUGGAGCUUUGUCACCACAGGGCCCCCUGGGCUUGUAACAGGAGUUGCGCCCCAUACGGACAUGCUGGCAAAUGCUUCAAUGUCUUCUCCUCUAACAAAAGUAAUAAGGAUGACACCGCAGAAACAUGAAACCACAUGGUCCCAAGCAACUCAUUCUACAUCUGCUGAAAUGUUGAGUUCGGGAGCCACAAGUGGAAUCUUGAGCAGCAGCCAAGCUUUUCUGGAAGGUUCGACCACUACACCAUACUCAGCAAGAGUUACUGAAGUGAAGGCUGAUACCGAUACAUUUACAUCCCCCCAAACACCUCUAACUACAACUGAGAUGUCAAAAAUGACUCUUAUGCCAGUAAUUAUCACCAAGGAGACCUCGCAGUUACUGACAUUUGACGGGGUCACCUCGUCGAAACCCAAAAUACCCACCGCAACUACCGAAAGAGAGGAUGUAACCACGGCAGUGGAGGUUUCUGUGCCAACAUUAAAAACCACUACUUUGGGGGAAAGAGCUUCGGUUACAAUUUUACCCAAUUUUACAACACCGUUGAUUUCUCCAUUAAUUACUACAAUUCUCACCAGUAGAAGCACAACUUCUACACCUUCUGUGGAAGCCAAAAUAACCACCUUUUUACCCAAAGAAGGACUGAGUACGCCGACGGAUUUAGCUGCAGUAACCACAGAACUUCCAAGAACGUCUUACACAACAUCGGCUACCAGCCUUGCUUUCUCGUACACAGGAAGUACAGUAAAGGAAGUGGCUUCAAUGGGAGAAAUAAGCAAAAAACCAACAAGGUUUCUGCAGACAGAGGGGGUUUCACAGACUUUGCCACUCAGCACCAUGGCUGUUCCUUUUACCCCUUUCUCUAGCCCAUCCACAAAGCAAAUGGCAGCUACUGAAAUGUCUACAAGAACGGGUUUAUCAGCUCCGUCCUUGGUAACGGAGUCUACAGAAUUCCCAAGUGCGAUUAAAACGGUAACACCAACAUCUUUAUUAACUACAGAGCUUGUGUCCUUUAAAGAGGAGAAGACUACUCUGGUUCCUACAAAAAUGUUAACAACCAAAGUGGAGCAAAUAUCCAUUAAUGCAACUCAGCAAAGCAAUAUGACAGAGGCUAUAACACUGUUACCAGAAGUAUCUAUCCUGCACAAUGCUACGGUACCAACAGCGACGAGUAAACCUGCUUUAGCGCAGACAUUCCUUACUACUGAAAUGGAACCCAAAAUAACUACAAACAUCUCUACAACACCCCCAACAUUUACUUUGUAUCCUGUCCACCCAUCCUCACAUGAGACUGCAACUGUUAAAACAUCAACUACAGAAAGGAUCACAAGGGUUCCUCAAACAUCCAGCAUAGAAAGUAUCACAAGGGUUCCUCAAACAUCAAGCAUAGAAGGUAUCUCAAGGGUUCCUCAAACAUCAAGUAUAGAGAGUAUCACAAGGAUAACUUCAACCUCCACCACAGAAAGGGUCACAAGGAUACCUCCAAUCUCCACCACAGAAAGGGUCACAAGGAUACCUCCAAUCUCCACCACAGAAAGUAUCACAAGGGUUCCUCAAACAUCUAGUAUAGAAGGUAUCACAAGAGUUCCGCUGACAUCCACCAUAGAAAUUAUCUCAAGGAUACCUCCAACCUCCACCACAGAAAGGAUAACAAGGAUACCUCCAGAGUCCACCACAGCAAGUAUCACAAGUGUUCUUCAAACAUCCACUACGGAAAAUAUCACAAGUGUUCCUCAAAUGUCCACCACAGAAAGUAUCACACGGGUACCUCAAACAACUACCACAAAGAGGGCAACAAGUGUUCCGCAUAUAUUCCCCACAGAAACUAUCACAAGGGUUCCAUCUUUGAUGUCUCCUCUUCCAUUGUUAACAAUGGAACCAAAGAUGGAGCCAUCAAAAGCAACAACUACAAUGCCUGAGGUAAUGAGUAAUAUGACCACCAAAUUGUCUGUUUUCACAGAAGAAGAGCUACAUAUAACCACUAAGCCUGAUCAACGCACUACAGAAAGGGAGGCCACAUCACACACAUCCAACUUUACUACACGAGUAGACACCUUGAAUUAUACGGGGACCACGUUACAUGCGUUUUCUCAGCCAACAAACAAAACGUCAACGACGAAAACAUCCACAACAGAGUAUAAAUCUCUUGAAAUCACUGCGACGUCUCCAGACAUCCUUAAUGCCACCAAGACUUCAACAAGCAGAAUAAGAUACGUCGAAGAAACAGAAAAGGCAACCACUGGGAGUACAUCUACAAUUCAAAGAUUAAGCAACAUAACAGGCUCAUUAAAAUCCAUCCCGUAUACAGAGAGGACGUUGUUUCCCACUGAUUUUUCUGGCCUUCACACAUUUUCUUCUCCUGCCCAAACUAUAUCCCAUGAGGCCGUUUCACAGCCGUUAUCUACGAAGCCGUCAACGACCCUCUCCACUAAAAAUGUAACAACGGUUCUUCUCUCAACAACUAUCAUGUUUCCAACUAUUAAAACAACUGUAUCAAUGUACAAGCCGACCUCCAAAAGUCCAUUACCAGAUAUCAUCAGAGCCACGCAGUCCACUACUCAAGGAACAUAUCCACCUUUUACUACCUCAUUAUCUACAUCUUAUCCAGCUGUUCCGUACCCUACAACAGCCCGACUCACAACGCACCUGACCACAGAAGGAAAGGUUUUGUUAACCGGAGCAGUUAAUAUAACGCAUAUUACAAGCUUAGUGUCUGUUUCGAACGUGUCUACACCAGCUGGACACUUCACAUCGAUGUCUUUGCCCUCUGGCACAAUUUCUACUUCCACGGAAGAAAAAGCAGAACCUUCUGAAAGCAUAAGAACACAUCCUCCAUCUACGGCAAAAGCAGAAACGUUGUUUGUGUCAACAAAGCACCCAACUGGAUUGAAAGACUUGUCAUCAACUGAAAUCUAUAAAACAGCGAGUCAAUUACCUUCUCAACCAAGCACUCAAUCUAAGGGUGUAUCUGAAACAUUAGCCACUUAUCAGCCAACACCCGCAGAAUCAACGUCUGCUGGGCUAGUCACCAAAGGGACAUCGACACCACCGAUAACAAUAACAAGGGAUACUGUUUCACGUUCACCCAAGACGAUGUCUCUCUCAACCACAAUGCAUGGUCCUCCAGUUGUAACAACCCAAGUUGCAACUUUGCCUGUUUAUUUAACUCCACAAACUGGUUAUACAUCUGUUAGGACAUCGCCUAGCGUGACCCAUGGAUUAACUCAUGUAUCCCAAAUACACGAUAAAAGUACGAUUGAAAAAGCUCUCACUCCCCCAGCAAGGUCUACAAAUUAUUCCACGGGUCACGAAGGGACAGAAGGACUCACUUCAACAGAGACCCCACUCCAAACAUCACAUGUUACCAAUGCCACGGGCACAAAGUAUGUUACUAAACCCAUGAAAACGACCUAUAUUCCUUCCACCGAAACGCCACAUAUAAGUUAUCUGACCGGCAGCAUUCAAACUAUUGUUCCAACCGGUCAAAAACCAGAAACAUCAUCGGCGACCCCUUCCUCGGACUUAACUACCCCGAUCCAAAAAAAUGUAACGGUUGUGCCAUCAAUUACAGAAUUUGUCUUCUCUGCAUCAAAAACACUACAGGAAACUGUCUCUGCUUAUUCCGGAGACCAAACAAAAACAGAAGGAGUCUCUGAAGGGAUUUCUGUCUCCAUCGUGAUACCAUCUAGAGAAACAGCCACGAGCCAAGCUUGUGUGCCUUAUACAGAAAACGAUUGCAUUAAACACAUCUGCGUGGAUGGACAAUUGAUACAGGUCAACAAAUCGCAGCAUUGUCCGUACAACGCGACCCAGCCGAGCUGCGGACUAUUGGGGUUUGCCAUUCCAAUAAACGGGGACAAGUGUUGUCCAAAAUGGGAAUGUGCUUGUCGAUGCUCAAUCUUCUCGGACCUGAGUUUUGUUACAUUUGAUGGUCGCUACCUGGCUUUGUAUAAGGAAGCUUCUUAUAUCUUCAGCUUGACUGAAGAUGAAUCUAUAACAGCUCAUGUCUCCAAAUGCAAACCAACGAACAGGGCCAACAGAGAUGAAGUAACCUUAUGUCUUUCGGUGCUAGAACUAACUCACUUGUCCAACCAAAUUAUCAUCGAUCGUUUAAACAGAAAAGUAACCGUCAACUCCAGAUAUGCCUGGCCAAUGAUUAGAAAGUACGGAUACAAGAUUGUGGAUACAGGAAAUAUGUAUUUAAUCGAUACUCCGACGAAUGUUAAAAUCCAAUGGUUCCACAGCACGGGUCUGAUGAUCAUUGAGUCCAACGCCACCAGUAAGCCCACCUCAAUGGGUCUUUGCGGCUAUUGUGACGGUAACACAACAAAUGAUUUCAUUCUGCCCAACGGGAGAGUCCUCGGCAAAAGUGAUGACGCCGCCGAGUUCCUGGACAGCUGGCAAGUCCCCUACACGUUGAAAUAUUCUGGAAAGGAGCGGCACCAAGAUGUUAAUUGCUCGCUGGCGGACUGCUCCGAGUGCUUUGGGAUGAUUUUAAACCAUACGUUCUCCAGCUGCCAUGCUUAUGUCUCUCCGGAAGCUUUCUGUGAAUUGUGGGUCCAAGACACGGAAUUCAUCGAAGAUCCUUGCAAAGCCUUAACCGCGUAUUCCUCCAUGUGCCACAAAUUCAACAUCUGCAUGGAAUGGCGAAGUCCCGAUUAUUGUCCAUUCGAAUGUCCAGAAACUUUGAGGUACCAACCAUGUUUACCUGUCUGUGAUGUCCCCCGAACCUGUCAGAACAACGAGAUUGAUCUCCAUGAUACUGAAUCUUGUUCAGCGUUGACCGAGGGCUGCGUCUGUACAGAGGGUGCCAUAUUACAUCGCCCAUACUCAACACUGUGCAUCCCCGAGGCCAAAUGCGCUUGUACCGAUAGCGCUGGAAUUCCGCGAGCCAUCGGAGAGGUCUGGAAAACGUCUCUUUCGGGAUGCUGUAUGCAUCAAUGUAUCGAUAACGAAACAAUCAUCCCGGUGGAACAGAACUGCUCCGGCGUCGUAGAGCCUCGCUGUCAGCGAUACGGGGAGGUGGUCGUCUCUAUAGCCGAUCCUCAAACCUGCUGCCCCCAGAAAGUCUGUGUUUGUAACCAAUCGGCGUGCGACAAUCGCGCUCCUGAAUGUGGGAUUCUGGAGAAGCUUUCCUCCUAUUACCAGGACGACUCUUGCUGCCCCAGAUACAUUUGUGAAUGCGAUCCAGAGAAAUGUGAACCAAAUACACGAGGACCAACGUGUAGGGACGACCAAGCCCUGGUUUUCGCCCAUACCAACAAUUCGUGCUGCGUCAAAAGUUUUUGCGCUUGCAACAUUUGCACCAAUCCCGUCCCGAAGUGUCAGGAAGGAGAAAUAUUGACCGUGGAGGGGAAUUUUACAGAAAAAUGCUGCCCGUCCUACCAGUGCGUUUGUGAAACGUCUCGGUGUCCUGAAGUGACCUGCGCCUUUGGAAUGUCUCCGGUAGAACUCUGGAGCCCGGAGUCCUGCUGUCCGUAUAGGACGUGCGAAUGUUCCUGUGACAAUAUACCAAAACCAGACUGUAAACUGGGAGAAAAACUGGAAAUAGAUGAGGAUUUCUUAAACAGUCCCUCCAAUGUUUGUAACUGCACCGUGUAUAAAUGCGUGAAAGACGCCGUGUGCCUGAGCAAGGAGCGGGGAGUCCUGCGGCCGGGACAGACGAUCGUCGAGCACACAUCCGACGGCAUCUGUCACUCGAUACAUUGCACGUCUCGGGUCGAUCCGGUUACCAAGUAUCAUCUCAUCAAUGUCACGUCUUCAAACUGCGCAGCCAAAUGUGAAGCUAACCAAGUGUAUGAACCCCCUCGGGAUCUGUCAACGUGCUGCGGGCGCUGCAAGAACACGUCGUGCGUUCAGUCGUUACUAAAUGGCACUCUUCUCGCCCACAGGCCGGGUACUUCCUGGAAUUCUAAAUGUGUCAAAUAUGACUGCACAAACACACCUGUAGGACCAGUAUUAGUUACCUCUGCCAUCAACUGUCCACCUUUUAAUGAAACAGAAUGUAUAAAGAUGGGAGGAUACGUGGUGUCGUUUUUAGAUGGUUGCUGCAAAACAUGCAAAGAAGAUGGAAAGUUCUGUAAGAGAGUGACGGUUCGUAUGACCAUCCGGAAAAACGACUGCAGAAGUAAUACGCCGGUAAAUAUUGUAUCUUGUGAUGGGAAAUGUCCCUCCGCCAGCAUCUACAACUACAAUAUUAAUACCUACGCCCGGUUCUGCAAAUGUUGCCGGGAACUUGGCCUCCAGAGGCGCGUCGUGCAAUUGUAUUGCAGCGGAAACUCCACGUGGGUAAACUAUUCCAUCCAGGAACCCACGGACUGUUCUUGCCAGUGGUCCUAAAACAGGUUCUGACUGACGGAACAUUUGGACAAAGGAAAAAGUAACUUAUAAUAGUUCUUUGUAAGAUGCCGUCUAUGUGCUGUUCAUAUUUUCCCAUGUUAAUAAAUAAAGACCAUUUUUUUUUUGUUAUUUUCUGGUAGUUUUUGCCACAUCACCAAGACAACCAACAAAUACU